AUGACUCUUAGCCAACUUAUUAGGAGGAACACACGAAUAAAGUCUUCUAAAGAUGCAGAGGACUCUAAGUCUGGCACCAAGAAGAGGAGCAUGAUGACGAAGUCCAAAUCGUUUCUAAUUAAACUCCACUCGAAGCACUUCAGCAUCAAGAAACCUCAAGAGAUACCUCCAGAACGGUCAACAAGACUCGUGAAUCUGGUAUCAAUGCCGCUACUUACCAAAGGACUUCGGCACAAUCUUGAUGUUCCCAUAAACACACAGAAACACGGAUACGUACUUCUGGAUCUUGGAGGACCGUUCAUUGAAAAGAGUCAAUCAACAAUUGACCUUAGAGUCAACAAAACACAGGAUGAAGCUCAAAGCUUGGAACCAAGCGCUACUUACAAAGAUGCCAUUUUCGAAAGCAAUAACUUUGAAGUCGAGUCCAUUUCCACAGCACCACCUGUGGUAACACCAACGAGAAGUAGCACUUCUGAAACAUUGAUGACACCUACCCACAAUAAAAGGGCUGAUUACACAAACGAUACCAUCUUUGGCACUGAAGCCGUAACUUUUGACGAAGACUUCUUGAGUCAUAGCACAUCAAGAGAAGAAGAUUUUGAAUGUCUAAAGGACGGUGAAAAUGCUAACGUUACUGAAGUGGAUUCAUUGAACGAUCUUAACUUCCAAAUUUUCCAAGCAUAUUCUCAGUCUAAGUCUAACCUCAAGUUAAUUGGAGAAGUCAACAGGAAAGUUCCUAUGAUACCCGAAGAAGUGCUGCCUCUUUCUAUGCUGACCUCUGUCCAUUUGGUUGAUGACAUUUCUGACGAGAGUUGCGGGUCGAUUCAAGUCCAGCUGAUGAAUUUCCAGCAAUCAUUCGUAAACUCUUCAGAUGACCUCUCUAGCGAAGUUGAAUCCCGCGGUUCUAUGGAAAGCGCUGAAACAUUCGAAGAGGUGGCCACAGGUGAAGUGGUGGAUGGAAUUCUUACCACUAUUGGUCCCCAAGAAGUCACCCAGAACGAUAAUGUAUAUAGAAAAGAAAUGAUGGCAUUGGUAGGAGAACACAGGCUCCUCUUGAAGAAACAACAACAAGAAAUCCAACACCUCAAGGAAUUGUUAUUCCAGGAGAGAAGGUUAAACAGUUAUUUGGCAUCAGUAACAUUGUCAGGAUCACCUUCGUCCAAUGGACACACAACAAACAAGGGCUCGAAUUCCAGGAAGUUCAGGUCUAAGUUUUUGCCCAUGAAGAUUGCUGUCUCCGACGACAACGCCAUAAAGCCAACUAAGUUGUCUAAUGAUGGCAUGAAACCAUACCACCUACUUCCUCCUUUACCUGUCCCUCAGAACGCGACUAAGCACAACAGCCAAUCAUCGAACCUGAGCCCGAAACCAAUGAGAGAAUCUUCCAUAAAAGAACGACAGAUCAGAGAGUCGUUUGUCAGGGAGUCGUUUUCUCUCGAUUCCUAUGCUCGUGAAUCAUACUCCUGUGAAUCAUUCACAAGAGAAUCACUUGCAACCAUGCUCCAACCCAAAAAAUCCAUCUUGAGGCAUUCUUUAAACUCGAAAGCAAGAGCUUCAGCAACAUCUUCAUUCUAUUAUUCAGCGCUUGAUAUCGACGUUGACGAAAUCAAAAAAAUCAUGUCUUCCAAUCCUCCAUUAGUUGAUUUGGAUCAAAAGCAAGAGAAGAAACAAGAGCAACAAGAAGCAGAACAAGUCACGGAGCAUCAACUUGCUCGUAAAACUUCUUCUAGCUCAUCCGUGGUCUCUGUCAUGAGCACUUCACACAAGGAAGGGCAAAAAUCCAAAGAUGCUCAUGAAAAUGAGUGCAAAAAAGAAGACCAAUCCACCGCAUCUGAAGACGUCUGUUCUCUUUCGGCUUCAUCAUACACCAACCACAGCAAUUCCACUGUUCCCGAACAACUUAGCCCUAAAGCUGCUCUUCGCUCUGGAGAGAUUUUAUCCUCCGAGAUUUUAGCUUAA